AUGCCUACUCUGGCUUCCUGUGCCCGCUCCACGCCAUACACCAGGCUCCCGCUCUCUAGCCGACUCCACUCCGCCGCACGACGCCCUUCCUUUGGCCCUCCUCACUCCUUCGCCCGAGCCCAUUGCUGUGUCGGCAUACAUCCUCCGCCCCUCUCCUCUACUCGUCUCGCGGUGCCUACGUCUCUCUGGCGACGGCGACCAGGCCUCCCCACGUCCACUGCGCUGUUGGCGGUGCUCAGGCAAGUGCCCGUCUUCUUCCUCCUUGCCCCUUCUCUGGCGGCGCCCCUCUGGCGAACGAGACCCGCUGUUGUCCCUCCUCCCUCCCUGCCUGGUCCACUCUUGCCCGUGCGUUGCGCUGCCGCGCUCCACUGGUGGCCUCCAGCGCUGCUCCUGCGGCCACUGCUCCGCCCGGUCUCUCCUCCCUGGGCGCCCAUAUGUCUCUGGAGCUCGCGGCUCAUCCUCCCACCGAUUCCCGCGCGCCUGCUGCCGCUCCAGCGGCUGCCCGCCGCCGCCACUCCAAUCUCCCCGCUCUCCCCAUCGGUCAUGCGCCCUGGAAUCCCCUCCACGCCCGUCUCCGCGCUGCUGCUCUCUUUCUGGCGCGUGGAUCCGCUCCGCCCUUCCCGCGCCCCGCUGCCUUUGUCUCCGCGUCUCGCGCUCCCUCUCAUCUUGGGCCAUCCGCUCCUGCUGAAGCGCGUCCUCGGCGCGCUGCUCUUCCCCACUGCUGGCCUUGCGGCCGUGAGAUCCCUCCGCCUAGCUCGCGCCAGCGUUCUCGUCCGCCUGUGCGUCCUUGCCAAUGGCCGCGGUCGUCACGGCGCCGUCCUCGCCCCUCUGGGGAGCGGAACCUCCCUUCCUCGCGGCGAGAUCCGCCUCUCCCGUCGAUUCCGCGGGAUUGCUCUCGCAGCCACGCGUCUCUCUCUCCGCCUCUGCCACGGUCCGCAUUGCCUGCUCCCUCGCCCGUCGCUGCUUCCUCUCGGCGGUCACGGGCUAAGGGAGCUCGAUCUGCGCGGAAGGCUGGCCUACGUGGCGAUUGCUCUACCGAUCGCCCUCGCUCGCAUGACGGCUCGCUUUGCGGCCGUUCUUCCUCGCAACGGCUAA